AAGAGCUCGAGCCCUUCGCUGUGUGUCAGUAUACAGGCUGAAGGUUAAUCUGCUCCCACUGAACGCACAGCUGGGAUCCCCUGUUAACUGCAUCCUGGUCACUUAAUCUUGUGGACAGAUUUCGUUGAGACAACCACCCACCAUCCAGAGGCCAACAUGGCUGACAAUGUGAACACAUUGCCGUUCUUCUAUGGCAAUGUCACCAGGGAGGAGGCAGAGGACUACCUGAAACAGGCAGGCAUGGGCAACGGCAUGUACCUGCUACGCCAAAGCCGAAGCUAUCUUGGAGGCUUUGCACUGUCUGUGUCAAAUGCUGGUCGCUGCUACCACUAUACCAUUGAAAGACAACACAAUGAAACAUAUGCUAUUGCUGGUGGUAAGAGUCACAGGAGCCCUGUAGAUGUGAUUGACUACCACUCCCAGGAGACGGAUGGUCUUGUGUGUCUCUUGAAGAAGCCGUGCAACAGGCCGAAGAACAUGCAGCCAAAGGUGGGGCCUUUUGAGGACCUGAAAGAAAGACUGCUCCGGGAGUAUGUGAAGCAGACCUGGAACCUGCAGGGAGCAGCUCUGGAGCAGGCCAUCAUCAGCCAGAGGCCUCAGCUCGAAAAACUCAUUGCCACCACUGCUCAUGAAAGAAUGCCCUGGUUCCAUGGAGCAAUAACACGAGAAGACUCCGAACCCAGGCUUCAAAAUGGCUCCCGUACAAAUGGAAAAUUCCUGAUUCGAAAGAGAGAUGUGGAUGGAUCCUAUGCUCUGUGUUUACUACAUGAAGGACAAGUUAUGCAUUAUCGCAUUGACAAGGACAGGGCUGGCAAGCUCUCCAUUCCAGAUGGGAAGAAGUUUGACACGCUGUGGCAGCUGGUGGAGCACUACUCAUACAAACCAGACGGCUUGCUGCGAGUGCUAACAGAAGUCUGUUCACGACCUGAUGGAGAAACUGGGCUGAUAGGACGACCGCCACUGCCGCAGGACCAUCCUGGAUUGGGCUCUGCCCUUCAAUAUGCAGCAGAUGGAAUUCUCGCCAAACUCAGAAGUACCAAAAUGAAACUGAUCCAAAAAAAGAGCCACGGAUAUCAAUCCAACAACCCAAAUCCAUAUGAAAUCAGGGAGCCCAAUAGUCAAGAGGCCAUGCCAAUGGACACAGAGGUAUAUGAAAGUCCUUAUGCAGAUCCAGAUGAACUGAGGAGUUCCACAGUGGAUCGCAACCAGCUGUUUUUGGAGGAUGGAGAACUGGGCUCAGGGAACUUUGGCACUGUCAUGAAGGGCAUUUACAAGAUGAGAAAGACAGAGAAGCCAGUGGCAGUCAAAAUCCUGAAGAACGAUGAUAACAACCCAUCAGUACGUGAGGAAAUGCUGCGAGAAGCCAAUGUCAUGCAACAGCUGGACAAUCCUUACAUUGUCCGGAUGAUUGGUAUCUGUGAGGCAGAGAACCUCAUGCUUGUCAUGGAGCUGGCCGAGCUGGGACCCCUCCAUAAGUUCCUGCAGAAACACAAACAAACAUCCGUCAAGAACAUCACAGAGCUGGUCCACCAGGUGGCGAUGGGGAUGAAGUAUCUGGAGGAGCACAACUUUGUCCACAGGGAUCUCGCAGCUCGGAAUGUGCUCCUGGUCACACAGCACUAUGCCAAAAUCAGUGACUUCGGCCUCUCCAAAGCUGUCGCCGAGGAGCAAAACUACUACAAGGCCAAGGGUCAUGGAAAGUGGCCAGUAAAAUGGUAUGCUCCUGAGUGUAUAAACUAUUUCAAAUUCUCAUCCAAAAGCGAUGUGUGGAGCUUUGGAGUGCUAAUGUGGGAGGCCUUCUCCUUUGGCCAAAAACCAUACAAGGGAAUGAAAGGAAAUGAUGUCAUGCAGAUGAUUGAAAGUGGAAAUCGCAUGGACUCCCCAUUGAACUGUCCACCAGAGAUGUAUGACCUAAUGAGGACCUGCUGGACAUACAAGGCAGAUGAAAGGCCUGGAUUCAGUGUUGUUGAGCCAAGACUACGAGACUAUUACUAUGACAUUGCACAGUGAUGCUUUAGAUGGGAGUUAUACGGCUAUGCAAAUUCUUGGUUGAUGAAUUAAUUAGAUAGGAAUGGCUGCACAGUGGCUUGGGGGUUAGCACCAUCGCCUCACAGCUAGAAGAUCCCCGGUUAGGACACUUGGGAUCUUUCUGUGUGGAGUUUGUAUGU